AUGGAAUCGAAUUCCAACAAGAAGGAGAUGGACGAAGGAGAUUAUAUUAACGAUGAACAGGUUUAUAAUGAGUUCAUGAGUAGCCUAACACCUUGUUCAUCUAACAAUACAUUCAACGAAGAUCCUAUAACCUUUGAUCCGGUUGAAUAUAAUAAUUUGUUAAGCGAAAGGAACGAAUUAAAUAAGACAGGUACAUUAACUGAUGAGUUAUAUUUGGAAAAAUUUGAACCUUCUAUGACUCAAAUACUGAUACCCCCCAAUUUGGCAGGCCAAACGUCAUCUGAAGAUCAACAGGGAUUGAAUCUGAGAUCUAACCUGACAUCCACGGCUGUAGAAAGAGAAACUCUUGUUAAAAUUAUGGUAGUUAAUAACGAACAAGAUAAUUUCAAUAUUAAUUUGUUUGCAUUAUUGGAUCAUAUAAAUAGUUUGGGAUACAAAAAGUCCUUGAAUGAUUUAACUAUCAAUAAUUUGAUCAUAUAUAUAAGCAAAAGGAUGAAUCUUGCUGUGGAAAAUAUCAAAUUACUUCAUUUGGGGAAAAUCUAUAAUGUUACUUCAUCCAUAUCAUUAAAAACAAAGCAUUAUUUAUUACCUGAUAUGAAAUUGGAUUCAUUUCCUACUAUUCAAUUAAUAAAGUUAAAUAAUUCAUCAUUACUAAAUUAUAAUGAACAAAGAUUAUACGAGAUUCUGUUUGAGACAGAUGAUCAUUAUAAUGUUACUUAUGCUGAUGCUAUCGUUCAUAAAAUGAAAACCAUGAAAAAACUGAGGUUCAGAAAUAGGUUUAAGAAACUUUUGAAAGUUAGUGUGUAA